AUGUACGCGGAAUUCAUGCGACAAUACUUGGACCUGCGCCACAUGAUGCCUGCUCCUUCGUCGACGGAAUCGCAUCCGGGUGUUUGCUACCUGCCGCACCACGGGGUUUUGCGUCCGGACAACACAUCCACAAAACUGAGGGUCGUCUUCAACGGCUCGAGCUCCUUGCCAAACAGAGACUCCCUCAACAAAUAUCUCGCAAAAGGACCGAAUUUGCUUCCUUCACUGACCGACAUCCUGCUGCGUUGGCGACGUCAUCGCUACGUCUUCAUGACCGACAUUGAGAAGAUGUAUAGGCAGAUCUUGGUGCACCCUGACGACCAAAGCCUGCAAAGAAUAUUGUGGAGAAAGAACGCUAACAACGAAAUCAAGGAGUACUGGCUGGAUACUGUUACUUACGGUCUAUCCUGUGCUCCUUAUCUGGCAAUCCGCACUUUACGCCAACUGGCCGAGGACGAAGGACAUCGUUACCCGAAAGGAGCCAUCAUUCUGCUGAGCGACGUCUACAUGGACGACAUCCUGACCGGUGCGGAGACCAUGAAAGAAGCCGAAGUCAUGCUACAACAGCUGAUUAAUAUCUGCAAGGCGGGCGGCUUCUCGCUUAAGAAGUGGUCGGCAAACCACUCGCUACUGCUGAACCAAGUGGGGCCCGACGACCGCCUUCAACAAAAGGCCAGAUGGUGGCUGCCCGGCGCGAGUCACUCCACUCUCGGGUUACGCUGGCAACCCCGGGACGAUCGCUUCGCCUUCGCCACCAAACGGAUCAAUCUAUCGACCAUCACCAAAAGGUCGGUACUUUCACUGACAGCAAAGAUGUUAGACCCUCUCGGCUGGCUGUCCCCAAUAACAGUACUGGCUAAGAUCUUCAUCCAGUCCACCUGGUUGCUAGACCUCGAUUGGGACGCUUCGCUGCCAAUCGACGAAGAGAGGAGAUGGCUACAAUUCCAGAGCGAGCUGCCUGCUCUGGAAAACUUGCUCGUACCUCGAUGGCUGGGAGGCUUGGCUGACUCACAACGGGAGAUCCACGUUCGCCGAUGCCUCAGGGCGUGCCUACUCAGCUGUGCUAUACCUAAAGACCAAAACAAAGGAUAUUACUAA